UUUGACAUUCACGAAAGAGUCGUGCUUUUAUGGAGCAUUUUCUUUUAUCGAUCUUUGGAAUGAGCAAGACAUUCAGCUUUGUAACAUUCAGUUUUGUCUUCCUACAAGUGAUGAUUGGAUGUGGUUCUGAUCUUGGCUCCAACAUCCCAAAUAAGGAGCCGUUCUUGGCGUACAAGUUUAAUGCCUUUGUCCUCAAAUUAGAAGAAAAACUCAGAAAGAAAAGAGGUUCUGCAGUUUCUGCAUGUGAAGGAGUACUCAUGGCAUCGAUUUGGUCUGCAAGUAGAAAGAUAAUCUCGAUUACACAGAUGGGAUACCUUAGUUCCAGUUCCCAUGCUUUUGGAACUUCAAAUACCAUAAUUUCCAAGAAUCGAUAGUCUAUUUACCACAAAUGGUUGCAAGUUCGUUUGAGAAUCUUUGCGACAAAUGGUUCGAGAAUCUUUACAACAAAUGGUGGUAAGUUCCAAAACUGUGGCCUAGCCAGGGCAACCAUAUUAUUUCGGAGCUCCUUGGGAGUGAUCACUGAGCAACAAGUCUACUUCUUGGCCACUUGCCGUUCCAUGAGCUUAGGAAGCAGAACGGGGACAGAGAUACAAGUCGCUAUGAUUAGGCAAUGGGGCCCUGACAAGACAAAGCAAUGGCAAUCUAAUGCAGUGAAGCCCCACCCCCUUAUCGGAAGAGGCCCACGUCCAUUACUUGAGAGACGAGCAAUCUGCUCAUUCGGCCGUGUGUUGACGCUACCUUGGCGGGAUCAGAUUCCUCGUGCUCACUAUCGCCGACUAGGAGUGCAACUUUCCCCUAUUCCAAGUUAUAUUUCUCCAUGUGUUAAGCAAUAAUGUAUGUUGGCAUGUAGGGCCGGCAGUAUUUGACACGACACUGUAACACGACAUGGAUACGAUACGGAGUUAAACGGGUUCGGGUUGAGGUUUUUUUA